AUGGCACAGAGAACAAAUUUGUCUGUUGCUGGCAUAUUUGGUCCUGAACACAAGCUAGAGCUUACAGAAAUGCCGUUCGCUUCACACUUAGACAAUAGACCCGCUUAUAUUGAUAUGGAGGAGUUACUAGCGCUUAUGGACCGCACGCUGGCCCUUCAAUCCGGGUCUACGGUAGAUCAAGAAGGAAACAAGCAACCCACGAUAGAUUUCCUUACGGUGUGUCGUGAUCUCCCCGAAAUCGCGUUGUCUGAGCUAACUAUGAUGUUCAAAGCUGUUGUUACGCAGAUAGAUGUACUAGGAACUGGAGGAAUGGCGGCCGCCUUGCUCUAG